AGACUACAUUUCUUCUUCCCUCUCAGUCUCUCACCCCUACAAAUACAAUCUCCAAAACCCUAGCAUUUCAACAGUCGCUUCCCGCCCCAAUAGCUAUGUGAUUGUUCGAUAUUCUCAAUAGUUUGAGUGAUCUUGGCUGGCUUUGCUUUGCUUUGCUUUUAUCGCCAAUGGUAUCGAAAAAGAUGGAUUUUGGUGGUUCGAGAGAUGUAAUCAGUGGUUUACCAGAAGCUCUUAUUUGCCACAUCUUGUCCUUUCUUACCACCAAAGAAGCUGCUUCUACAUCGGUUCUCUCGAGCAAAUGGCGGUAUCUCUUUGCUUCUGUCCCUAAUCUUAAUUUUGAUGACUCGGUCUAUCUGGAUCCUCGUAUACAGAGAAGGGUCCAUCAACAAGGGCUGAAUGUUUCUCCUAGUUUUAUGGAUUUCGUGGACAGAGUAUUAGCUUUGCAAGGCAAUUCUCAUGUACACAAGUUCUCUCUAAAGAUCCAAGCUGGCAAUGAUCCAGUUGAUCCAACCCGUAUCUUUCGUUGGAUUCUCAGUGUGUUGGCACGUGGUGUAUCGGAUCUUGAUCUAUGCAUAGAUUUGGGAACGAAGUCUCUGCUUCCUUCAGAGGUUUUCAAGAGCGAGACGUUGGUUAGGCUGAAACUAGAUAUUGGAUGUGGCCCCUACGUUGACGUUGGUGAUGUAUAUCUUCCGAAGCUUAAAGCUCUCCAUCUUGAGUGCUCUUUCGAAAACCGUGAAUGUGGGCUUACUAAGCUUCUCUCUGGAUGUCUCAUGCUUGAGGAUUUAGUUUUGCAUACUACAAAUUGGUUCAGUCUUGGUUUUACCUCGGUGUCUGUCACAACUCUCAAGAGACUAACGUACAGCUGGGAACUGCGUGAUUACAAUCCAGAGAGUGUCUCCUUCGAUACUCCGAAUCUUGUCUAUUUGGAAUUUACCGACACUAUCUCGGAAGUGUAUCCAAAAGUGAACUUCGAGUCGCUUGUUGAAGCUCGUAUCUAUCUUCGGAUGUCAGUAGAUCAGGCAGCUGCGACACAGUUCUUACAAGAGGCCAGUUUUUCAGAACUACAGAUUUAUUACUCUGAAGGUAAUCAAGAAAACAAAAUGGUCGGUAACGCAACAGAUUUUAUAAUGGGAUUACGCAAUGUGAAGAUCCUUUAUCUCUCUGCCGACACUCUUGAGGUACUUACUUACUGUUGUGAAGUAAUACCGCUAUUCAACAACCUGACUCAGUUAACAAUCGAGAGUAAACCGGAAGUAGGAUGGCAAUCAUUGCCGGGUCUGCUCAAGAACUCCCCUAAUCUGGAGACUCUCGUCUUACAAGGACUCGUCCACAAAGUCACGGAUAAAUGUGGAGAAGUGUGUGUGUGCAACGGGGAGGAAGAGGAUGCCAUUACUACUUGCUUAUCAUCAAGCCCGGUGAAGGUGCUGAAGAUAAUGAAGUUUGGUGAAAUCUAUGAUGGGAAGAUAGAGAAGCAUUUGAGGCAUCGCUUACUUAACAAUAAAACCCAAAGAAAGAUAGAGAAGCAGAUUGAGCAAGUCGAGUACUUUCUAGAGUUGAUGCCGAAUCUUGAGCAAGUGAUAUUAUACUACGGUACAUCAUUUGAGGAAUAUGUGACUGAAGUAUCAACCCAACUUCAGAGGCUUCCUAGAGUAGCUUCGUUAAAGUGCAAUGUCCAACUAAUCUCUGAUCACUCGAACUAGUCAUCUGUUGUGCCCUCUUCCGUAUCGAUGAAAUGGGCUUCUCUUCCCUAGGAAAAGUUUCUCAGGUCUUUUUUUUGUUUGAAUCAUUCAUGUCUUUUUUACCAUAUCUCAAAGCCAUGGAUGUGUUUCGGCUGCAUGUUUGGCAUCUCAAAGUCAUGGAUGUGUCUCGGCUACAUCUUUUGUAUGAUUUCUAAAAUGAUUAAAACGCUAAUUAAGUUUCAUUUGUUCGGCAUCAUAGUUGUGCUUUAAGGCUGUUUGACCUUUUGGCUGAGACA